AUGCAGCACUUAUCUGAUGGAGCAGAAGCUCUAAUUGCUUCGAGGUACAAGUCCAUCCAAACCUCUGAGAUCUCACCCGUCCCCGGGAAGCCUUUGCGCCCUCCAGACAAGCUCCUCAGUGAAAGCAAGCGCCGCACGGACGACGGCGGGGCUCACGUCCACUACGCCACCUCGGCCGUCUUCUCGGGCGGCGGCUCAUUCCUCCUCAGCGGCCAGGUGGAUUACGCGGCCUUCGGCGAGCCCGGCCCCUUCCCGGCGUGUCUCAAAGAGCCAGCCGACGGCCACCCUGGUGCUUUCCAGACCGCAUCCCCGGCCCCAGGCACCUACCCCAAGUCCGUCUCUCCCGCCUCCGGCCUCCCCGCCGCCUUCAGCACGUUCGAGUGGAUGAAAGUGAAGAGGAACGCCUCUAAGAAAAGCAAACUCGCCCAGUAUGGGACCGCUAACCCGUCCAGCGCGAUCCGCACGAAUUUCAGCACCAAGCAACUGACAGAACUGGAAAAAGAGUUUCAUUUCAAUAAGUACUUAACUCGAGCCCGACGCAUCGAGAUAGCCAACUGCUUGCAACUGAAUGACACGCAAGUCAAAAUCUGGUUCCAGAACCGCAGGAUGAAACAGAAGAAAAGGGAACGAGAAGGGCUUCUGGCCACGGCCAUUCCUGUGGCUCCCCUCCAACUUCCCCUCUCUGGAACAACCCCCACCAAGUUUAUCAAGAACCCCGGCAGCCCUUCUCAGUCCCAAGAGCCUUCGUGAGGCCGGGACUUGGGACCGAAAAACUGUGGCCUGCAGAAGUCCCAGGUCACCCCCACCCCUAUCUAGACUUAGGAGCUCAGUUUGGGAUGGAGGUGGGAGAACAGAAAUGAAUAGGGGUUUCACUUGGGAAAUGAAGUACUUUAGUUGGCUUCUGAAUCCCAGACUAUAUGUCCAGAUAUUAAUUGGCUGUCUUGUAAGCCACUUGUUUGGUUAUGAUUUGUGUCUUAUCAGGGAAAAGGUGCCCAGUUGCCAGCCCAGCUCUGCUGCUAUCUUUGCCUCACUUAGUCAUAUGCAAUUCUCGUUGCAGAGUGGCAGACCAUUAGCUGCUGAGUUCUGUCAGCACUCUGAUGUGCUCAGAAGAGCACCUGCCCAAAGUUUUUCUGGUUUUAAUUUAAAGGACAAGGCUACAUAUAUUCAGCUUUUUGAGAUGACCAAAGCUAGUUAGGGUCUCCUUGAUGUAGCUAAGCUGCUUCAAUGAUCUUCACAUUUGCACUCCAUUUUUUUUUUUCCUUUAAAAUGUGGUUUCUACCUCUCUAUGUGCCUGAGUGAUGAUACAAUCGCUGUUUAGUUACUAGAUAAAGAAAUCCACAGAGUGGGUAAAGAGUAGAAUCUGAACUAUAUCUUGACAAAUAUUAUCAAACUUGAAUGUAAAUAUAUACAGUAUGUAUAUUUUUAAAAACGAUUUGCUUGCAGUGACCUUGUAAGUGACAUUUAAUGUCAUAGCAUGUAAAGGGUUUUUUUUUUGUAAUAAAAAUUGUAGAAUCUGC